CUUCUACCUCUCCUCCAACGCCGACUACUGCAAGGAGAUCGGCCGCAUCCCGGAGGCCAUCCCGACGCUGGUCCACCUCAUGAGGGAGGGCACCUACCGCGGCCGCAAGAACGCGCUGGUCAGCCUCUACGGGGUGCUCCAGGGCGCCGCCAGCAUCGCGAAGGCGGUGUCCGCCGGCGCCGUGGCCGUGCUCGCCAACCUCCUGUCCAGCGACCGCGAGGACAUCGUGAACGACUCCGUCGCGCUGCUCGCGAGGAUCGCCGAGCAGCCGGCCGGCGCGACAGCAAUCCUGGCCAGCUCGGAGCUCGUCACGAGCGUCGUCGACUCCCUCGGCGCGUCGUCGUCUCGGUCGGGUAAGGACCACUGCGUGUCGCUGCUGGCCUCCUUGUGCCGGCACGGAGGCGACAAGGUCGUCGCCCUGAUGGGCAAGAUGCCGGCGCUGAUGCCCGCGCUGUACGCGCUCAUGGCCGACGGCAGCCCUGUGGCGGGCAAGAGAGCGAGGUGGCUCAUCAACGAAAUCCACCGGGUCUACGAGCAUCGCCAACCGCCUCCGCCGGUCGCGCCGCCGGCUGGUGACCGUGUCAUUCGAGUUUAG